CGCUGAGGAGGCGCCGGGGGAGGAGCGCUCGCUGCGCCGCGCCCGGCCUGCCGCGCUCGGUGCGGGUCCGCUGGGCGCGAGGAGCGGCCAGACCGCGGCCUGCGAACAAAGGGAGGCGGCUGGGGCGGGGGCGCCGCGAGCAUGGCGGACCGCGGCCUGGAGGGCAUGGCUCUGCCCCUGGAGGUGCGGGCCCGGCUGGCCGAGCUGGAGCUGGAGCUGUCGGAAGGUGACAUCACCCAAAAAGGGUAUGAAAAGAAGAGGUCAAAACUCAUCGGAGCCUACCUGCCCCAGCCUCCGACAGCGAACGGAGCUGCCGUGGUCCGGUGUAGACUGCAGCACAGUGAAGGAGCCCCGGGAAGAGCGCUGCACUCCGGCAACAUCGGGGUGUGUGACAUCCGAGAAGCCGCGGUCAGAGAGCGGGCGGCCAGCACCGCGGGGAACCGGCCGCUGUUUUACUUUCGCUUCGGGGUGGAUCAAGCAUUGCCUCCCGAGCGCCGGGCUCCCGUCACUCCUGCUUCUUCCACUCGCUAUCACCGCCGAAGGUCCUCAGGGUCACGAGAUGAGCGCUAUAGGUCAGACGUCCACACAGAAGCUGUGCAGGCGGCGCUGGCUAAACACAAAGAAAGGAAGAUGGCGGUGCCCAUGCCUUCCAAACGCAGGUCCUUGGUUGUGCAGACCUCGAUGGACGCCUACACACCUCCAGAUACAUCUUCUGGCUCGGAAGACGAAGGCUCGGUGCAGGGUGACUCCCAGGGGACCCCCACCUCCAGCCAGGGCAGCAUCAACAUGGAGCACUGGAUCAGCCAGGCCAUCCACGGCUCCACCACCUCCACGACCUCUUCCUCUUCUACCCAAAGUGGGGGGAGCGGCGCCGCCCACCGGCUGGCCGACGUCAUGGCCCAGACGCACAUAGAAAAUCACUCUGCACCUCCUGACGUGACCACUUACACCUCAGAACACCCAAUACAAGUAGAAAGGCCGCAGGGCUCGACGACAUCGCGGACGGCACCCAAGUACGGCAACGCGGAGCUCAUGGAGACGGGCGAUGGGGUGCCUGUAAGUAGCCGGGUGUCGGCGAAAAUCCAACAGCUUGUCAACACCCUCAAGCGACCAAAGCGGCCGCCGUUACGGGAGUUCUUUGUCGAUGACUUUGAAGAACUGCUGGAAGUUCAACAACCAGAUCCGAACCAGCCCAAGCCAGAGGGAGCACAGAUGUUGGCCAUGCGCGGGGAGCAGCUGGGAGUGGUCACCAACUGGCCCCCGUCCCUGGAAGCCGCGUUGCAGCGAUGGGGGACCAUCUCCCCGAAGGCCCCGUGCUUGACCACGAUGGACACGAACGGGAAGCCCCUGUACAUCCUCACUUACGGCAAACUGUGGACAAGAAGUAUGAAGGUUGCUUACAACAUUCUGCAUAAAUUAGGUACAAAGCAAGAGCCGAUGGUACGACCUGGAGACCGGGUGGCGCUGGUGUUCCCCAACAAUGACCCUGCUGCCUCGAUGGUGGCCUUCUACGGCUGCCUGCUGGCCGAAGUUGUCCCCGUGCCCAUUGAAGUCCCGCUCACGAGAAAGGACGCCGGAAGCCAGCAGAUCGGGUUCUUGCUCGGAAGCUGCGGAGUCACCGUGGCCUUGACAAGCGACGCUUGCCACAAAGGGCUGCCAAAAAGCCCAACGGGGGAGAUCCCGCAGUUCAAAGGUUGGCCAAAGCUGCUGUGGUUUGUCACCGAGUCAAAGCAUCUCUCCAAGCCCCCUCGAGAUUGGUUCCCACACAUCAAAGAUGCGAACAAUGACACCGCGUACAUCGAGUAUAAGACAUGCAAGGACGGGAGCGUGCUCGGGGUGACCGUGACCAGGAUCGCACUGCUGACCCACUGCCAGGCCCUCACCCAGGCGUGUGGCUACACAGAAGCGGAAACCAUAGUGAAUGUGCUGGAUUUCAAGAAGGACGUCGGGCUCUGGCAUGGAAUCCUGACCAGUGUCAUGAACAUGAUGCACGUGAUCAGCAUCCCAUACUCGCUGAUGAAGGUGAACCCCCUCUCCUGGAUUCAGAAGGUCUGCCAGUACAAAGCAAAAGUGGCUUGUGUGAAAUCCAGGGACAUGCACUGGGCGCUAGUUGCACAUAGAGAUCAGAGAGACAUCAACCUCUCUUCCCUCCGGAUGCUGAUCGUGGCCGACGGCGCAAAUCCCUGGUCCAUCUCGUCCUGUGACGCAUUUCUCAACGUCUUCCAGAGUAAAGGCCUGCGUCAGGAGGUCAUCUGUCCAUGCGCCAGCUCCCCAGAGGCUCUCACCGUGGCCAUACGGAGGCCUACGGAUGACAGCAACCAGCCCCCGGGCCGGGGCGUCCUAUCCAUGCACGGGCUGACCUACGGCGUCAUCCGGGUGGACUCGGAGGAAAAGCUGUCUGUGCUCACCGUGCAGGACGUCGGCCUCGUGAUGCCUGGCGCCAUCAUGUGUUCGGUGAAGCCGGAUGGCAUCCCUCAACUUUGUCGAACAGAUGAAAUCGGGGAGCUCUGUGUGUGUGCCAUUGCAACGGGCACGUCCUAUUACGGCCUCUCGGGCAUGACCAAGAACACCUUCGAGGUAUUUCCCGUGACGAGCUCGGGGGCCCCUGUCAGUGAGUACCCCUUCGUAAGGACAGGCCUGCUGGGCUUCGUCGGCCCUGGGGGGCUCGUCUUCGUGGUGGGCAAGAUGGACGGGCUCAUGGUGGUCAGUGGACGCAGACACAACGCGGAUGAUAUCGUUGCCACGGCACUGGCCGUGGAGCCCAUGAAAUUCGUCUACAGAGGAAGGAUAGCCGUGUUCUCGGUGACCGUCCUGCAUGACGAGAGGAUCGUGAUUGUGGCCGAGCAGAGGCCGGACUCCACGGAGGAGGACAGCUUCCAGUGGAUGAGCAGGGUGCUCCAGGCGAUUGACAGCAUACAUCAAGUCGGGGUUUAUUGCCUAGCCUUGGUUCCAGCAAACACCCUCCCCAAAACCCCACUCGGUGGGAUCCACUUGUCAGAAACGAAGCAGCUCUUCCUGGAGGGCUCACUUCACCCCUGCAACGUCCUGAUGUGCCCCCAUACCUGUGUCACAAACUUGCCUAAACCUCGACAGAAGCAACCAGAAAUCGGCCCUGCCUCUGUGAUGGUGGGGAACCUGGUGUCUGGGAAGAGGAUCGCACAGGCCAGUGGCAGAGACCUGGGCCAGAUCGAAGACAACGACCAAGCCCGCAAGUUCCUGUUCCUCUCGGAGGUCCUGCAGUGGAGGGCACAGACCACCCCCGACCACGUCCUGUACACGCUGCUCAACUGUAGGGGUACGAUAGCAAGCUCGCUAACGUGUGUGCAGCUGCAUAAACGUGCCGAGAAGAUCGCCGUGAUGCUCAUGGAGAGAGGACACCUGCAGGAUGGGGACCACGUGGCUCUCGUCUACCCGCCAGGAAUAGACCUCAUCGCUGCGUUUUACGGCUGCCUGUACGCAGGCUGUGUGCCAAUAACCGUCCGCCCCCCACACCCACAGAACAUCGCAACAACGCUGCCGACCGUGAAGAUGAUCGUGGAGGUGAGUCGUUCUGCCUGUUUGAUGACAACACAGCUCAUCUGUAAGUUGUUACGGUCCAGGGAGGCAGCUGCGGCCGUAGACGUCAGGGCGUGGCCCCCCAUCCUGGACACAGAUGAUUUGCCAAAGAAGCGGCCCGCCCAGAUCUACAAACCUUCCAACCCAGACACGCUAGCUUAUCUCGACUUCAGCGUGUCCACGACCGGGAUGCUUGCUGGAGUGAAGAUGUCCCAUGCAGCCACCAGUGCCUUCUGCCGUUCCAUUAAGCUGCAGUGUGAGCUCUACCCUUCUCGAGAAGUGGCCAUCUGCUUGGACCCUUACUGUGGACUUGGGUUUGUCCUGUGGUGCCUCUGUAGUGUCUACUCAGGGCACCAGUCCAUUCUCAUCCCGCCUUCUGAGCUGGAAACCAACCCUGCCUUGUGGCUUCUUGCCGUGAGUCAGUACAAAGUCCGGGAUACGUUUUGCUCCUAUUCAGUGAUGGAACUUUGUACCAAGGGGCUGGGCUCGCAGACAGACUCCCUCAAGGCACGAGGACUGGACUUGUCCCGCGUGCGGACAUGUGUGGUCGUGGCAGAGGAACGGCCUCGGAUAGCACUCACCCAGUCGUUCUCAAAGCUCUUUAAAGACCUGGGUCUCCACCCGCGGGCCGUGAGCACCUCCUUCGGCUGCAGAGUGAACCUGGCUAUUUGCUUGCAGCCCCACAGGCUGUGGAAGCUCGCUGAGCAGGGGACCUCGGGACCUGACCCAACCACCGUCUAUGUUGAUAUGCGAGCUCUGAGACACGACAGGACGCUGCAAACGGGCAUGCCGGUAUCGUGUGCUGGAAUGUUCUGCAGAACGGACAAAGAAUCGACAAGCUCAGAAACAAACCUGAAGGGAACGGAUGGACUAAUGGGCCUCCAGACGGGAUCCCACGAGAAGGACAUGACAUUCCCUCAGCCCAUCGGAGUCCGCUUGGUGGAAAGAGGCUCUCCUCAUAGCUUGCCCCUCAUGGAAUCAGGAAAAAUACUUCCAGGGGUUCGGAUCAUAAUUGCCAAUCCAGAAACAAAAGGACCGUUGGGCGACUCCCACCUGGGUGAGAUCUGGGUUCACAGUGCCCACAAUGCCAGUGGUUAUUUCACCAUUUAUGGAGAUGAGUCCCUGCAGUCAGACCACUUCAACUCAAGGUUAAGUUUUGGAGACACCCAGACGGUCUGGGCACGGACAGGCUACUUGGGGUUCCUGCGGAGGACGGAGCUCACAGAUGCAAAUGGAGAGCGCCACGAUGCCCUGUAUGUGGUGGGGGCGCUGGACGAAGCGAUGGAGCUGCGGGGGAUGAGAUAUCACCCGAUAGACAUUGAGACCUCGGUCAUCAGAGCCCAUAAAAGCGUCACAGAAUGCGCUGUGUUCACCUGGACCAAUUUGUUGGUGGUGGUGGUUGAGCUUGAUGGGUCGGAGCAAGAAGCCUUGGACCUGGUCCCCUUAGUGACCAACGUGGUUCUGGAGGAGCACUACCUGGUGGUGGGGGUCGUGGUCGUGGUGGACAUCGGUGUCAUCCCCAUCAACUCCCGGGGAGAGAAGCAGCGUAUGCACCUGCGGGAUGGGUUUUUGGCAGACCAGCUAGAUCCCAUCUAUGUGGCCUACAACAUGUAGUCUCGUCUCUGGUCCCGUAGACUUUUCUAGGAAAGUAAACGUUUUUCUCAGUGUCACUCAAGUUUGCAGACAUGAGGGCCACAUUCGCCAGAAUGGAGCCUUUGUUCACGCGGUGGUGAGACUUUCCACUGCAGUCCUGAUUGGCAUGGGGGUGAAAUGUGAAAUGUGAAUUUACCACUGAAGUUUGCUCAGAAGGACUUUGGAUUACUGCCUUCAGUUUGUUGGAAAAACCCAUUUCAAAACUUUCUUUUCUUUUUUUUUUUUAAUUAUUGGAUAAUAAGUGCUUUCUUCGUAAAUGUGGUAUUUUGUUAAGCCAAAAUAGCAAUUAAAAAAAUAUUCUGCCCUCCAGAUGGGUUCUUUUAAACAAUUUAUGUAGUGUGACAAAGAAUUGUUUUCUCUGUUUAAUGUGUCAUGAAAUCUUAAUGACAUGGACCUUGUUACUAAUUUAAGCCAUUGCUAGAUUUCAUCCUUUUAGGAAAGUUUGUUGAGGUACGAGAAAACCUUCCAAAUAGCACCUUCCGAUUAGAUUUUAGCAGCUUUCUUUGUCAGAAAUGUGCUGGAUAAACAAAGGCUAACAUAUGGCCUUUGAAGUUAGCAUAGAAUGAGAAGAAAUUAUAAAUAAGGUGUAUUUCGGCAACUCUCUUGCAGAUAUCUUUGUACUAAACUAAAAAGAUAAAAUAAGUUAACUUCUUCAUAUGUAAUUAUGUACAAAACGUUUAAUUUAUUUUGAUCUCUUUAGAAGUAUAAAAGAGAAAAACAUUCAAGAACAUUAAAGUCUUGUAAUGUUUGCUAAUAUAAAAAAGUGUUGUAUUAUCUUGCGUGGAUAGUAUCACAACAAAUAUAUAUAUAUGAAAUAUAAAUUCACUAAUGAACAAAGGAGAUUUUAAAGUUUAAAAUGCAGAACCUGUCACUUGCAUGGUGUCCCCUCCACUGUACUGUAGAUAAAGCGAGAUUCUCUCACACCCACUUGGCUGAUGCGAGCAAUCCCAGAUUGCCGGUAGCCCGGUCUAAAUGUUUCUUCUAGAACCAGAGACCAGCAAGUGAAAUUAUUGCCAUCUCGAAGUUGGGGAAGGAAUUUGAGGCGAAAUGUGCACUAUCUUCCCUUCGCUGCGGGGGCAACGGUGAGCGGUCUGUGCCAGUGUGAGCUUACGACGCUGAGCGGACAUUAGGGAAGGCAGGCGCUGAGUAGCACUGCUCUCUUAGCUGCAAGAAAUCCUUGUUGUUCAUCCUUUUUGUUAAUGUCACCCUUUUUGGUCCUUGGUAUGAAAAGGAGUGCUCUUUUAUGGUCAUUUGCACCGGGUUGUGUUGAUUCCCCUCAGAUGGCCAUUGUAUGGAGUGGACAGACUGUCCAGAACAGCUUUAAGGGAAAAGACUCACAUAGGAGACCGUCACCUCAGCCAGCUCUCUGGGGUUCCCCCGCCCAGAGCUCUGGGGCUCCCCCCUCAUGAACCGCCCCGGGACUCCUCCCAGAGCCACUGGCUGGAGCGAGAAAGCCUCCCAGCUGCCUUCAUUUCACCACCUGUGGAUGACACGUUUCUGAUUUCCGUCUCUCGCUGCUGCCGCCGCCACGUCUCAUCUGUACACUCCUCGAUCGACAUGGCCCAUCUGUGUCCAGCCAAGAAGAGGUAUCCGCUGUCCGAGCGUGAUCUAUCUUAUAACUGCCCCAAUAUGACCCUGCAGUGGCUCUCGUUGCUAGAAGUGCAUGGCCAAGAUUGUUGCUGGGCAAACCUUAGAGUCUCUUUUCACCAUUCUGUAGGCAAUGUCUUCAUCUGCCUUUGCUGUGUGCGCCAGCAGUAAGCCCUUUGCUAAAAGAGUUUUGUUUGACUUCCGAGAUCCAAGGCUAAUUGUUUUUUAAAAAUUUUCAGUGGCAUUUUUUUAAAUUUGUCUGCAUGUGGGGUGCGUCCUUCCAUCUCCACAAAUUAUUUGAUCUUUAAGAUAUUGUUUGACUUCAUUGCUGUGUGUGAAUCUUCUCUACAUGCUUCAGAUACACAUUCCUACAGUCUUCUGCUUCCUAAGGGGGAAAAAACCCACCACACACAGAAAAAAAGAUGUUUUCUUACACACACCCACCUUGUUUAAGGGGAAGGAGGUUUCAGGUUUCCAGUAAGAUACUGACUAGGAAACACAGCUACGGGAUAACUUGUGAGGUCUAGCUGAUGUCGGAAGCAAACAACAAAUCAGGUAUCACUUCCAAUAUGACCUUCACCUUCACCUUCACCAUGUCAGUUUCACGUGCAAGGCGGGGCGGUUGUGAAAGUGGUUAGUGACGUCCUUGUCAUCUCUCAUGGUAGAGUUGAGGUCCAAAGGGUUGGGGGCUGGGAUCGAAGGUCAUUUGUGCAAGAAAAAGGAAAGGAAACCCGUUUCAGCAAUAAAGAAGGAUUGUUCUGUAUUAGAAAUUGUGCUGUAGAUAAAUCAUUCAUGAGAAUGUAACAAUGUUUGUCUUGUGACCUUGUGCUUUUGAAGUCAGACAAAACCGUGUAAUCAACUUGCACAAAGAAGGGUACACAAUGAACAUUGAAACACAGACCUAACCCAACAGGGCGGCUUCCUCAUGGUGCUUGUUUAUUAUAUAUAUUUAAUCCUGCUUGACACUUUACCCAAGGGAAACUGCCCCUUUUAUCAGUUGAAUGUUAGCAGCGUUAUUUCAUAGAGUGUGGUGACUGGUUAGAGAAAUUCAUGUACUCAACCAAUCACGGUUUCAAACAAAAUUUUUAUGUGCAAAGGACGGCAACCUUCUCGUAUGUUAAACCACCAGUAAGCUUUGUACAUCUGUGAUAACGCCUGUUUUAUAUUCAAAUGAACAAAUAAAAGCUUUUAUUUUUGUUGCUCUGAAAAUAGCAGUUUCUUAAUUGGUCCCCUGGAAAACUGUCUGGGACAGCUUCAAUCCCAGGAAGGAAGUGACUCCUGCAGGGAAAUAGGAAAUGUAUCUGACUCUGUUUACAUAAUUUGUUGCAUUACUUAUUAGUACAGAUAAAUCAUACUUUGAACAAUGUUUAAAUUUUGAUGUGGGCAUUUAUUGCUUAAAAAAUUCCUAUGGCAACAAAUGUUUUGUGAAAUGUUUUUUUAAUUCUUUUAAAUAUAUCUAAAUAUAUUUGUUCACA